UGAACUAACACAUAUAAUUACUACGGCCAUUCAUUCUUCUUCACUUUAUAUCUUCAUUUGUAUAAUACAUCUCUCUACCAGUGCUAUCUCGUGCCAUACCACACAAGACGGUAUAAUACGACGAAUAAAUUCCGAUUCCGCCUUACUUUUACACACGAUAAGAGCCUUAGCUUCUACCAAGUGAAGAACUGCGCCUGUGCGACAUCCCAUUAACGGUACUCUUACAUCUAAUCAAGAUCCCGGCGGCGAUUAUUAAAACCAUUGCAUUUGCUUUUUGAUGCUGUUUUCCUAAACAUAGCUGUACAGUAUUUUCGUACAUACCACACAUCUCAUAUAUAUCACUUGCGCAGUCUUAUAGGUCCUGGAACUUUAUCACGUUACGAGUCGCAAUAGUCGACCACGGCAUGGCGCAAUCAUGACCACAAAACCCCUCGUUGGGUCACAAGCCCAACGACAGUCGCAAAGAUCAUUGAAUUCAAAUAUUACCUCGAGACCCUCCCCCCAAAGAAGCCUGUCGUCUAGCUCCCCGACUCGAAGAUACAAUGAAGCCCUCAUAGACUUAACGCUUGAUGUGCCGGAUUCGACAUCUGCGCGUUAUGGACAAACCUCGAGGACAGGAGGGUCGCGCCUGAAGCAAGAAAUCUCCAAUGAGUCGGGAAGUUCGAGUCAGACGGAGAAAUCAGGCUCGGGUCCGUCCAAUAUAAGAUCCAGUAGGCAGACUCUGCCUCCACGCGGGCGACCGCAGCUUCAUUCCGACGUGCGUCACACGAGAGCCCCCAGAUCCAGUUUGACGUCCGACCAAAACUACAAUCAAGUGUUUGCGAGACCAUUUCCUCUCCCUGUUAGGCCCGGACGACAUGCACCCCCAUUUGUUGAAAAGCCCAGCUCAUCAAUUGGGAUUUCUGGAAAGAAAGAUGCUCGCCCCAAACCUUUUGUUUUAGAGAUACCGCCGGCUGCGCCGUCUUAUUCACCGAACGGUAUGUCCAAUCACAUAUUGAUCAAUCUCUCCAUGCAACGGAUUUAUCUCUAACAACUUUUCAAAAGGUCAUGCUGAUUUCUUCCCAUGGAACGGCAACCAUGCCGAAGAUCAAUUCACCGAAGCUGUCAUCCGAGGAGGCUUUUUCGACAAGUCGCAAAUGUCACAGAACGAAACUGGCUCGGCAAAAGCCUCUAUAUAUCCAUCUUUAAAGCACAAAAGUGGCCUCCAAACACUGUCAUCAUUAUUUUCGAGCGUUUUAGCUCAGCGGAGGGCUCAUGGAAAUAUCACAGCGAACUCAACCUUCAAGCCGCCACCCCGUGUAACGGUUACGGACACGAAGAGGGAAAUAUGGCUCAAGGAUCUAGCUAAUCCGACUAUAUCGCUCCGCCGCCUCAGUCGAUCAAUUCCUCAUGGGAUUAGAGGUAAGGUGCUCCUGGAACAUUCCCUCAACAAGAACAUCCCUAUCGAGCGGGCCGUCUGGUUAGCCAAGUGCGUAGGGGCAAAUGAACUGAGGUCUUUCAAGAGGAAAGGCGCGGGUGGUGCUUUUGCUAUGGGAGGUGAGGCGAAAUGGGUCAGAGACUUUACAGUUUGUGUUGAACAGGUGUUGGAAAGCAUAAUUGGAUCAUGUGGAGAGAAGGACUUUCGUCGCAGGAUCUAUUACGCGUAUGUAUAACAUUCACCCGCUCUUGAGCAUCUACUUACAGGCAUGACAGGAUUCGGUUGGCGGCACAUUUUCAUGCCGAAUGCCUUAUAGACCGCGAGCAUUAUAUAGAUUGGAUACUAUCGUCACUCGAGGCUACUUCUCAAGCCAAAUUACCAAUAUUGUUGCUGAUUGCCCAGGUGUAUUGGGAAGAUAUUUUGAGGUAUCGGAGGUUCGGGCGCCGAUUCACAACUACUCUGCUGAAUCGGUUUUCGGAGGUAUGGCAUCACAUUCAUCCCCGCUCCCUUUCUGUAGCUGACAGCAUCUUUCAAGGCAAUCCAGCAUCCGGACUCUGAUAUAUUGGGACCUUUGAACGAUCGUCUACGUUUACUCUUGAAUAAAUUGAUGAUAUCGAACCCGGAUAACUUUGUUUGUCCUGAAAUCUGGUUCAAGCACAGGCAAAUCCUGCAAGCUCACCUAAGCAACUCAGAUGAGCGUCUCACGACUGCCUGGGAUGAGAUCAAUCGCCGCAAUAUACGUCUUACCACUGUAGCUCCUGAAGCCCAGCACCCUCCUCGACAACGCCUUAUCAAUAUACUAGAUAAAUCACUUUUCACUUUGUUCACGCCCGAGGUCAUACAUAUUUGCUGGCAGCUUGAUGAUGACAAAACCGCUCUUAUUCAUGCAGUUUUGGAUUGGUCGACGUCAUGCUAUAGGCCUGGACACGCAAAAGUGUUCAUAGGUGCCCGCAUCAUACGAUCAUGGAGAAGAUUGGGUGCAGACAUAACUGCUUCUAUGCUGUCAUUCCUUGACUCUAGCGCUUGCGAAAUUGGGCGUAACAGGUCUUCAUUUUAUCAUUUAGUUUCCGAGCUAGCCAGGUCGAACGACUUUUGUAUCUCAACAUAUCUUCAAUGGUUAAUCAGCCGUGGCGGUAUUCAUGAUCAUUCAGACCUGGCGCCAGACGGUCCCUGUGGAACAAGGCUCCUUGCAGAGCUUCCUAUUCAUGAUUUGAGCGGAGAAAUGGUUGGGCUGCGCAGGACUUUACUUUGCCGAGCCGAUUACCCGGUGGACAUUGAUGACCACAAGAUAGCCGUCAGCAUAUCUAUCAUAAGCAAUGUACUAAAAAGGAUACAGGUAGCUUCAAAACGACGAUCGCUCCAAGUUGAAAACAAUGUCAAAAGCUUAGACGACCUCAGAUCAUUAAAUCGGGCAAGCAAGUCCCACAUUGGAUCUUGGCUUCGUCAUGAAGUGGAAGCACAGAUGCUACCGUCAAGUACAGUAUCGAAUAAAUGGAAUAGCACAUCACCUGCAACUCGUGAUACUUCUGUGCUUAUGGCGGCUACAUUUGGCAUCGUGCGAGACUAUCUUGAAAUUAUAGAUGAUUUUUCUAUGCUCGCCGAUGUGAUAAAGAUUGCCACGGCAUCUAGAGAUCCUCAAACUAUUGCAUCGUGCGCCGAUACAAUUAAUAUGCACGCCGAGAUAUUUGCGGCCAUCGGAGCAAUUAAGGGCUUGUUUGAUCUUCUUCUUAAUCGUUCGCGUUCAUUUGCAGACGAUCGCGAUAUCAUGCCGCGGGUCAUUUUGGCAUCCUUGAUAGGCCUCUCAUCGAGAAUUCCCGACAACCAGAGUCUUACCGCUCAGCUCACUCGCCAACUUGCUUUGAGUGGUAGGAAGUGUGCCGCCGUCGUUUGUUCUCCUAUAUCGGAUCAUAUGGCGGGUGGAUCACAAAAUAAUGACGCUGAGUUCGUAGACGAAGUUGAGAAGGUCCUUGCAAGCGGUACCAGUAUUGACCGGGGAACCAUGGAACGGCUUUUCCAAAGAGUGGUCCAUCAUUUGUCGAUCUCAUGGGAUAAGUCACCGGAGCAGCAGCGGAAGUGUGUGUUACUGUUGACAACCCUAAGAGACUUCAAUCCACAACCAUUCGAUCUGCUGAUGGCUAGCUGGAUAUCUUACCUUCAAAAUGUGAAACAUCGUCCCAGCUUGGUGAAAAUAUGUGGCCCCUUAGUAGGACUCGGUUGUCUCUCUUUGAAGGAUCUGGUCAAUGCCUGUUUAAUAAAUGAAAGGCCCGAGGAUAGCGCAACGCAAAAAGUGGGCAAGAUUAUAGCCACGGAAUUACUUGCUUUAAUUGCGGCACCAAUCACCAUACCGGAGAUUCUGACAUCAGAAGAAGCAUAUCGCGUCCGACUUGUGCAAAGUCGUAUGCAAAUAGACAACCCUGAACUUACACUGACGGUCAUUCGGUCGGCAAUCGAGAUGUGCUCAACAGCUGUCCACGAUAUACCAUCCAACGCCCUCCACGCCUUGAACGUCUUAGGUGGUCCAGCCAUGCAUGAAAUACUUCAGACGCUAGUCUUGAUUGGUGGUGAUAUGGCCGGCAAAAUCCUGGUGCACUCCGCGUCGCCUGGGUCUACCGACGAGGAUGCUUCCAAAUUAAUGGUAACCGCGAUAAACAAGCUUUUGGUGCCUACACAUCAGAGUGAAACCUCCAAUUUUUCAGUGUGUGAUGCGCUAAAAUGUGCGAAUUAUCUGAAUCUACCAUUUUGCCAAUUGAAGAUGGCGUCUACCUUUUGCUCUGGGAAAAGCUCCCAAUCCACUCCUAGGAAUAUGGUCUCUCCUCAGCUCGAUGACCUUAAUCGUGCCGUUGAGUCUGCUAUAAUGACAGGAGGUACGACAUGGGCUUGCAUUAUACCAUCAUUAGAUAUCGCUACCAUACAAUACUUACGACGUGGUGCCGAGAACCAAUUGCUUGCGCUUUUCCAUGCUGCCAAAGCCUCAGGCUACAACGACAUGUUGAGGCAAGGCCACCAAUUGACGAAAGCAGAAAAUUUGUUGGUCAUCCUCGACUUAACCAUAGACGAGAUGUAUACUGAAAAAGCAAACGCGCCAUAUAAUCCGCAUAGUUGCUUUCCAGACAUCAUAAACUUACUCAGCGGCGCCUCGCAAUAUAUUGCUAGCACACAACAAAAUGGUUGUAAAAUUGCAUUCUUUACGAAAUGGCUACCGCUGCUAUUGUCAUUCACAGCCUCACAAACAGUAGCAUUAGAACAUUCCAAGGCCGGCAAUGAGCAACGGGGAAGAGCUAUUCUGAUCCUGAUAGCAAUCCUUUUGGACUUAUAUGUCCUCAAAGCUCAUACAGACAUAGAAGACCUACCACUAGAGCAGUGCUUCGACCUUGUUCUAAGUAUGGUAGAUGUACUUCCUGAUGAUAUUCGCCUGCAGUGCGGUCGCAACUCCCGCGAAGCGUCCUCAAACCCGAUUAUUAGCUACAUUUAUAGCAUCAUGGCGACUCCAUCUGACUGGCUGCAUAUUUAUCAAAGGGGUUUCUUGAAAACUGCAACUGCUGGAAGGAAUGGUAGUAAUACAAAUACCGACCACGCAAAAGAAUCGAGCCGCCAAUCAUUUCCUUUUACGAUGAAGCGCUGGGAGAUGUUAGGAGAGCCGACUCCUAACAUGGGAGAGAAUGAUACAAGUCUCAGCCUGACACUAUUUGCGAGCAGAAAAGGGGUCAAUUAAGAGCUGCAGCCUGUCAUAAUUUUAUCACAAACCGACGUAUAAUAGAUACAGAGUGGACUGAUGAGGGAGCAAUAAUGUAUUUCAAUCAGUACUGUUUCACGCUUUUGUCUAAUUAUGUAUUUAGUGAACUUAGAAACCACGUGUGGCGUA